CAAACACCAGACUAAAUCACAGUCUGUAUUACGCUUAGCCCACCAUUGUGUCUCACCGUUGUAAAUGGGAAGCAUGCAGGAGUUGAUCCCCUUCGCCAGAGAGAUUCUGUCUCAGAGACCCAGCCGGGGUCUGCUGAAGGUCUACCUGCUGGGUUCAGUGUUGGCAGUGCUGGGGACAGUCAUUGGCCUGCUGGAGAACGUGUGUCAGCCCUUUUCCUAUGGUGAGACGAUGGACGCCGAGAUGGUACUCAUGUUGGCCCGGGAGCAGAGAACAAUGGAGAGGCAAUGCAGUAUGGGGGGGAAAGAGGAGGAGGAUGAGAAGCUGGUGCAUGAAAAUGGGGCUGCGACCCAAAAUAUGAACCUGGUCCAGUCCCACAGACUGAGCCAGCGCAGCAUGGCCAACCGGCCGCACGCCUCCUGAAGCAAGGGGUUGGCCCCAUGCAAGGACUCGAGAUAUUUAUUAGGAAACUGCUGCUGAGAGGUGCAACACGUCAGAGACUUUGUAUGCACUUCUGUCUGAACUGCCUUCCAUUAUGUGCUGCUUAUUAUUGAUGCCUUCAAGUGCAUUGGGAAAUGUGUUUAGUUUUGGUUUACCUUUAAGGAUUGAAAACACAUGAGAGACCCCCCAAUGAGAGCCUUCAUGGAUCAGUCGAGACCUUUUGAUAGGGCAACCUAUAUCAAUCAGUGAAGUGAAGUCCACAAAAAAACAACAAGAAAACUAAUCUGUUAGAACAUGAGUCAUAGACAGUAGUGUAGAGUUGUAGAAGUAAAACAGACAUAUUCUACAUAUUCCUCUCUGGAGUAUUCUUUUAGGUCUGCAGGUAGAUAUAAAGCAGUCAGGGUUACAAGAUAUGAAAACCCAAAAUGAGCACUUAAAUAAAUAAAAAACACUCAUUAUGUGUGUCACAUAACUCUAUGCUUAUUUUGCUCCUGGGCAGCAACAGACAAACUAAACUGCUCUCUACAGGGUCCAUCUAUUCUCAUAUAUAGUAGUAAAUAAAUAGUAUUGAGGUUGAAAUACUAUGUGAAGGCUUCAUGGUGUUGAAAGGCUUCCUGCCUGUGGUGAGCUGCUGUGUAGCGCCACCUGCUGGCUGGUGGAUGUAAGUGAUAUGCAAUGAGAGGAAUGUUUGUUGAAACGUUAUGCGAUGUGUAAAUACUGUAAAUAUACAAUCGUUUUCAUACCAAUAU